CCAUCCCCAUCCCAUCCGCCGCCACCACCGUUACCCAAGGGCCCGGAUCCUCCUGAACCCCGAGACCCCCUCCCCAUCCCGUCCGCUCCCGUCCCCCUUCCUCCCUGGACAGCGGAGAAGGAGGGUCCACCAGGCAGGGGGAGGGGGCGAGGGCAGGGGGACCAGGCCGCGGCCCCCUGCUCUCCCCCCCCUCCCCCGGGCGGGCCGGGGUCCCCGCCAUGGAUCUGCUGCCCCCCAAGCCCCGGUACAGCCCCCUGAGGAACGAGUCGCUGUCCUCGCUGGACGAGGGGUCCUCGCCGGGGGACCCCAGCCCCAGCCCCACCACGCUCUGCUCCUUCUUCUCCCUCGGGGGCGGCCCGCGGCCGGGGGGGGCCAGGGCCGAGGACUCAGGCCGGACCCCCCGCCCGCCCGCCGGACAUCUCCCCCAGGAAAUGAGUCGCCUGGGCAGCGGAGGAGGAGGAGGAGGAGGAGGAGGAGGAGGAGGAGGAGGAGGAGGAGGAGGAGGAGGGGGCCGCCGGAACCGGGUGGAAGGAGGCCAGCUCGGCGGCGACGAGUGGACGCGGCACGGCAGCUUCGUCAACAAGCCCAGCCGGGGCUGGCUGCAUCCCGACAGCAAAGUCCUGGGGCCCGGGGUCACCUACGUGGUGAGGUACAUGGGCUGCGUGGAAGUGCUACAGUCCAUGAGGGCCCUGGACUUCAACACUCGGACCCAGGUUACCAGAGAGGCCAUAGCCCUGGUGUGCGAGGCCGUACCCGGUGCCAAGGCGGCGGUUCGCAGGAGAAAGCCCUGCGGCCGCCCGCUGACCACCAUCCUGGGGAGGAACAACCUCCGAUUCGCGGGGAUGCUCGUCACCCUGACCGUGUCCACCAACAGCCUCAACCUCAUGGCCUCCGACUGCAAGCAGAUCAUCGCCAACCACCACAUGCAGUCCAUCUCCUUUGCCUCCGGUGGGGACCCGGACACGGCCGAGUACGUGGCUUACGUUGCCAAAGAUCCCGUCAAUCAGAGAGCCUGCCACAUCCUGGAGUGCCCGGAGGGCCUGGCGCAGGAUGUCAUCAGCUCCAUCGGCCAGGCCUUCGAGCUGCGCUUCAAGCAGUACCUGAGGCACCCGCCCACCCUCGUCACCCCCCACGACAGGAUGGCCGGGUUCGAGGGCUCCGCCUGGGAUGAGGAAGAGGAGGAGGAGGAGGAAGAGGAGGAAGAAGACGAGGAGGAACCCCAGGGCCACCAGUAUUACAACGACUUCCCCGGGAAGGAGCCCCCCUUGGGCGGCGUCGUGGACAUGAGGCUGCGGGACGGGGCCGCGGGACCCCCGCGCCAACCCCCCCCCGGCGGCCCCAACCUCCCGGGGGCCACCCUGCCCGUCGGACAGCCGAGCGGGGCGGACGGCGACCCGAGGAGACAGCCGGCCCCCGGCCAAGGCCGGGACGUGUUCGACGACCCGUCUUACGUCAACGUCCAGCACCUGGACAAAGCGCGGCCGGGGGGCGGCCCUCCCACCCCCACCGACGGCGGUGCCACGCGGGACCUCUUCGACAUGAAGCCCUUCGAGGACGCCCUGCGGACCCCGGCGCCCGGGCCGGGGGCGUCCAUGGAGGAGCAGCUGCGCCAGGAGGCCUGGUUCCACGGCAAGAUGAGCCGCCGCGACGCCGAGCAGCAGCUGCGCCUCAACGGGGACUUCCUGGUGCGCGAGAGCAUCACCACCGCCGGCCAGUACGUGCUCACCGGCCUGCAGGGUGGACAGCCCCGACACCUGCUCCUCAUCGACCCCGAGGGGGUGGUGCGGACGAAGGACCACCGCUUCGAGAGCGUGGGCCACCUCAUCAGCUACCACAUGGACAAUCGGCUGCCCAUCAUCUCGGCCGGCAGCGAGCUGUGCCUGCAGCAGGCCGUGGAGCGGAGGCACUGACCCGCCGAGCCCCCCGGGCCGGGGGAGCGGGAGAAGGUCGGGGGUCCCGGGGACUGUUGUUGGCAUCAGUGUACAGACAUCUCCCCUCGCCCCCCGCCGCCGCCCCUCCUUCGCUGUUGCAACCUCGUGCCUUCAACCGGAUUUGAUGCAAAGAGUUUCCCCUCCACACGCGGGUCCCCCCCAUCCUCCCCUCCGGCCCGUUGGCCCGUUGCAUGCGCGUUAUAACCGAAACCAAAGUGUUUCCCUCCGUCUCCGUCGUCUCCCCCAGCCCCGUGGGCUUCGGGGAUCCCCCCCUGCCCUCGCGUCCCCCCCGAAAAACCCCGCCACCGAGUCACGGGUCUCACUUAUACCAAAGGGAAUGGAACUCAUUAAAUGUAUUUCUUCUACGAA